AGGGAGAGGGAAAAGGAAAGAAGGGCCGGCCCCGCGGAGAGGAAGAGAGGGAGGGGAUAGAGAGCCAGCGUGUGUGCGUGUGUGUGUGUGUGUGCGUGUGUGUGUGUGCGCGUGUGUGUGUGUGUGUGAGUGAGUGAGUGAACCGGGGCGUGAGGGUGGACUGUGUAAUGCUGGACCGACUUCACCCACAGAGCCACUAUGGAGCUUCUUAGACUGAUCUACUCAACAAGUUAUGAGCGCUCUUAUUGACAGUCAACAGGUGUUGUGGUCCGUGGCUUUGAAUGUCUGUGGCCAUGGCGAAGCGUGAGACCGGUAGCACCAGCCCUGUGGUGCGUCAGAUAGACAAGCAGUUUCUGGUCUGCAGUAUCUGCCUGGACCACUAUCACAACCCCAAGGUCCUGCCCUGUCUGCACACCUUCUGUGAAAGCUGUCUCCAGAAUUACAUUCCAGCCGAGUCGCUGACGCUCUCCUGUCCAGUGUGUCGGCAGACGUCCAUCCUGCCAGAGAAAGGAGUUUCGGCGCUGCAGAACAACUUCUUCAUCACUAAUCUGAUGGAGGUCCUUCAGAGAGACCCGGAGUGCUCUCGGCCGGAGGCCUGCAGCGUGUUGGAGUCUGUGAGCGCGGCCGCUGCAGGGAAACCUCUGAGCUGCCCGAACCACGAGGGAAAGGUGAUGGAGUUCUACUGCGAGUCCUGCGAGACCGCCAUGUGUCUGGACUGCACGGCGGGUGAGCACAGAGAGCACGUCACCGUCCCUCUGCUGGAUGUCGUGGAGCAGCACAAGAUGGCCCUCAAGACACAGCUGGACGCCAUUCGUAGCAGACUGCCCCAGCUGACGGCGGCCAUCGAGCUGGUGACGGAGAUCUCCCGCCAGCUGACGGAGAGGAAGAACGAGGCCGUGGCCGAUAUCACGGCUACCUUCGAGGAACUGGAGAGAGCGCUGCAGCAGCGCAAGUCGGCCCUCAUCACUGACCUGGAGAACAUCUGCAGCGCCAAGCAGAAGGUCCUCCAGGCCCAGCUUUCAUCUCUCCUCCAGGGGAAGGAGCACAUCCAGAGCAGCUGCAGCUUCACAGAGCAGGCCCUCAGCCACGGCAGUGCUACCGAGGUUCUGCUGGUUCAGAAGCAGAUGAGUGAGCGGGUGACGGCGCUGGCCCGACACGACUUUCCAGAGAGACCGCACCAGAACGCACACCUGGACUGUCAGGUGGAGACGGAGGGCCUGCGGCGCUCCAUCCAGAACCUGGGCGUUCUCAUCACCACGGCGGCAGUGGGUCACACCUCCGUGGCAACAGGGGAAGGCCUUCGCCACGCGGCUACCGGGCAGCACCACAGCAUUACCGUGACAACCAAGGACAAGGAGGGGGAGCUGGUGCGGACGGGCAACGCCGUUCUAAAAGCGGAGAUCCUGUCGGUGGACGGGGGCCGCUCGGCGGAGACGGAGGUCAUGGACAACAAGAACGGGACCUACGAGGUGAGCUACGCCUUACGCUCCGAGGGAGAGUACUCCUUCGCCCUGUCGCUGUACGGCCAGCCGGUCCGGGGGAGCCCCUUCCGCCUGCGGGCGGUCAAGGCCUCGGACGUGCCGCAGUCUCCGGACGACGUGAAGAGGAGGGUUAAGUCCCCCAGCGGGACCGGAGGACACAUACGGCAGAAGGCGGUGCGACGGCCAUCCAGCAUGUACAGCACCACCAAGAAAAAGGAGAACCCCAUCGAGGACGAGCUCAUCUAUAGAGUGGGUUCUCGGGGUAGAGAGAAAGGAGAGUUCACCAAUUUACAAGGGAUCUCGGCAUCCAGUAACGGCAGAGUAGUGGUGGCCGACAGCAACAACCAGUGUAUACAGGUGUUCUCCAAUGACGGCCAGUUCAAGAUGCGCUUCGGCUUCAGAGGUCGGUCCCCGGGUCAACUACAGAGACCCACGGGCGUCACUGUGGACAUGAACGGCGACAUUGUGGUGGCAGACUACGACAAUCGAUGGGUCAGCAUCUUCUCUCCCGAUGGCAAGUUUAAGAACAAGAUCGGUGCAGGCCGCCUGAUGGGGCCCAAGGGUGUGGCUGUGGACAGAAAUGGACAUAUCAUCACUGUGGACAACAAGGCCUGUUGCGUCUUCAUUUUCCAGUCCAACGGGAAGCUCGUGACCAAGUUUGGCGCCAGGGGGACGUCUGACAGGCAGUUUGCAGGUCCACAUUUUGUUGCGGUGAACAACAAGAACGAAAUUGUUGUGACAGAUUUCCACAAUCACUCCGUGAAGGUGUACAGCGCAGACGGGGAGUUCCUGUUCAAGUUUGGCUCCCACGGCGAGGGCAACGGCCAGUUCAACGCGCCCACCGGCGUGGCCGUGGACGCCAACGGGAACAUCAUCGUAGCCGACUGGGGCAACAGCAGAAUACAGGUGUUUGACAGCACGGGCUCCUUCCUGUCCUACAUCAACACGUCGGCGGACCCGCUGUACGGCCCCCAGGGCCUUGCCCUCACCUCCGACGGACACGUGGCCGUGGCCGACUCCGGCAACCACUGCUUCAAGGUCUACCGCUACCUGCAGUAGGCCGAGGGAAGGACGCUCCAAGACGGCCUUUUAGUGACGCACCACCAUCACCCGCUGCUGAUCUCCAACAGCCAACCAGCACCGCACCACGAACCGGACGCUCCCGACCCGCCAGGGAACAGCAGCCGGACGAUGUGACUGGCGUGGCUGAUGCGUGGAACAGCAGUAAGCAAAGAGAGACACGCUUGUGGGAACUUAGUCGACUCCUCGAACCGCUGUUCCCUGCACCGGCAAGCUCCGCCCGUGCGUCAUCACGCCCGACAGCCCGCGCGCACACGGGAGCGCGUCGUCUGACGCGCCUCGUUUCACUCUCCUUCCGCACCUUCGCUUAGAACGCGGGCGUGGAGUUCCUCCGUCACCGCUACUUCCUAACUCCUCUUCCUCGCUCCUCUCCACUAGAUCAGCUCUUCAUCAAAUCAGCGUAUGUAGGUAAAAGUGUAAAAAAAAGUUUUAUACUACUUUUUCUUUUUUUUUUGAAUACCCAAAGAUGAUCGUCAAGAGUCUUAAACGUUAAGCACCGCGCUCCAUGCGAUCUGGAUGAUGUGACGUCAUACUAGUUCAACGUGUUGUAACGACCACCGGUGACUAGACUCGCUAGCCCUUGGCUAACGGGUCGGACCCUUUAGUCGACUGGUUAACGUAGUCGCCCGUGGUUCGGGGAGACCCGGGUUCGCGUCCCGGCCGCGGCGUUUCCCGGGCUGCCCCCUGAAUUCACUACGUUGGUGUCAGAAGUGGGACGGGGAGACCGUGAGGCCAUCGGAAGCGCGUGUGCCCAGAGGCGUGAGGGUGCUGAUAUGCUGAAGCCUUCCCAAAGAAGGGGGUUAGUGUUAGUUAGGACCACGGAUGACUCGACUCGCUAGCCAUUGGCUGACGGGUUGGACCCUUUAGUCAACUGGUUAACGUAGUCGCACGUGGUGUGGGAGACCCGGGUUCGC